AUGAACUCCACGACAGACAGCUCCGAGAAAGGCUAUGCAGCAGCUGUAUAUCUGCGUUGUGACUAUGGGGAGGCAGUUCAAUGCCAUCUUAUAACUGCAAAAACCAAGGUAUCGCCUCUCAAGCGAGUGACAAUCCCACGUCUAGAGUUGUGUGGGGCAGUAUUAGCCGCUCAACUGUUACAUCACGUCCACGAAGUCUACCAGCCUCUACUCUCCAUCUCUGCGAUGCACGCCUGGACAGACUCAAAUACCACCCUCGCGUGGAUAAAAUCCUCCCCACACAAAUGGGCUACGUUCGUUGCAAACAGAACCAGCCAGCUUCAGAGUCUCACACCACCAUCAUUAUGGCGAUACGUCCCGACAGGUGAUAACCCAGUUGACUGUGCCUCGCGUGGACUCUACCCGAACGAGCUACACCAUCCAAUGUGGUGGAGCGGACCCGCCUUCUUGGUCCAGGAUGACAGCGCUUGGCCACCAAUGUCUACGCCUGAUAUGCUUGGUCCUAUAAUCAGCGAGGCACGGCCUAUCACUCUACUAUCAACCUCGGAAACAAGCAUCUUCGAUCAGCUGUUCCUUCGCCACUCGUCAUUGAAGAAGAUCAUCCGUAUAAUUGCAUACUGUAUACGAUUUUUUACGGACAUUAACCCACUAGCUGUCAACCCAUCACCUUCUGAACAACUUCACGCACUUGAAAUUAUCAUUAUCGCAGUGCAGAAGCAAUCUUUUUCCGAUGAACACAGUUAUCUUAGAGAUCAAAAUCAUCAAAGUCAAAGCAAACUGCGUGCUUUAAAUCCUUUUCUUGAUGAUCAUGGUAUUAUCCGAGUUGGAGGUCGACUGAUUCACGCGGACAUUCCGUACGAACAGAAACAUCCGAUCCUUCUGCCUCGGUCACAUCGACUCACUGACCUGAUCAUCGAUGACUACCAUCAGCAUCACAAACAUCCUGGAGCCACAACAUUACAAACCAUCAUACAACAACAAUACUGGAUUGUAGCAAGUCGCCAGAUCAUUCGAUCUCGACUCCGUACCUGUAUUUCCUGUUACCGACUCCGUCCUCGUGGACUUCAACCAUUGAUAGGAAACCUACCGAAAUUCAGACUACAACAAGUAAAACCUUUUUUAGUCACAGGAGUUGAUUAUGCUGGUCCUAUAUCGUUAAGAACGUCAACAACCCGCAGAACUGUAUCAUGCCAGGCAUACAUCUGUCUGUUCGUUUGUAUGACCACAAAGGCGCUACAUCUAGAACUCGCUUCAGACUUAUCCACAGAAACAUUCCUUAUGGCUCUAUGUCGAUUCAUUUCACGCAGGGGCCCGAUUCAGGAAAUCCACAGCGACUGUGGCACCAACUUUGUGGGUGCUGCCAAUUUGUUCCGGACAGUCGACGAAUUUCCGCAGUCUGCAGAGUACCAAGACAAAUGCCGUGAUUACCUCACUGCACGAAACUUCACUUGGCACUUCAACCCACCAUCUGCCCCCCACUUUGGAGGCCUGUGGGAGGCUGGAGUAAAAUCAGUCAAAACAUUACUCUAUCCGCUUGAUCUCCAACGACUCAAAUAUGAAGAAUUGACAACGUUGUUAACUCGGAUCGAAUCAACAUUGAAUUCCCGUCCGUUGGGCGCUCUGAGUCCCGAUCCAAAUAACUUUGAGGUUCUCACACCCAGUCAUUUCUUGACACUCAUGCCCAGCACAGCCACUGUUGACCCAGACCUCAGCUCAAUUCCAAUGUCCCGAUACCAGCGCUGGAGACUUAUCAAGGACCUACAUCACCAUUUCUGGAACCGUUGGCAGACGGACUUCUUACAGACCCUGCAACGGUGA